AUGGACUUAAUUUGUGCAAAUGUGCAGCCAUGUGAGCAGAUAAUUGUUUGCAGUGAUCCAAUUGCAAAGAAGUUUCUUAGCAUCAUUGUCCACAAUGAGCAAAAAGCUUAUGAAAUCUAUUGUGCAUAUGCACAUCAUGUAGGUUUCAGUGUUCGGAAGGACCAUAAUAGUUGUUGGUCGAAUCCGAAGAAAAGGAAGACCAAAGAUUUUCUUUGCGGAAAAGCUGGUCACAAGAAGGACUCAAACCUUAUGAAUACAGUAAAGUACAAAAAGCCAGACACGAUGACUGGUUGUCAAGCUAUGGUGCGAUAUGCAGUUGACCUUAAAGGCAACUGGACAGUAAAUAAAUUCAUUAAAAGUCACAAUCAUCAUUUGGUUGAAUGUAGUGAUAAGCAUCUUCUUCCUUCCGGUAAAAAGAUAACGAACUUAAAUGCUGAUGUCCUGAGAUCAAUGACAGGAUCUGGGAUUGGAAUAACGAAUGCAUAUAACUUCUUUGUUACAUAG